AUGGCUUCUUGUACCUGUACAUUCCAACAAGAGGCAAGCUCUGGUGUUUCCGGCUCCCUUAAGAUCACACAAGAUUCCGAAAGCAGCUCCACCGUCUUUGAAGGGCAAAUCCGCGGAUUGACUCCUGGACAAAAGCAUGGGAUCUCUGUCUGCACUUAUGGUGACUUGAGUGAAGGUAGCGCAUCUUGUGGAACCUCUUUCAAUCCAUUUGGCAAGACCCAUGGAGCACCAAAAGAUGAUCCGUCGAUGCGCAUGGUUGGUGACAUUGGAAACAUCGUCGCAGAUGAAGCCGGAAACGCAGAGAUUAAGAUUGAAGACUCUAUGGUGAAGCUCUAUGGUCCACAUUCUGUGAUUGGACGAUCUAUAGUCAUCUUUGCUGGGGAAGAUGAUGGUGGCAAAGGUGGCCAAGAAAAAUCUCUUACAACCGGAAACCCAGGGCCAAGUGUUGCAUUCGGUGUUAUUGGUCUAUCCAAAUCAGCCUAA